CGGGAGGGGCGCGCCCCGGCCUCGGACGCCCCCAGCCCGCACCGAGAGCCGCGGCAGCAGUCUCUCUUCAGGGGAAGAGUCUCCAUCCCGCCUCGUCAUGUCUCGACGAAGCCAGCGCCUCACCCGCUACUCCCAGGGCGACGAUGACAGCGGCAGCAGCAGCGGGGGGAGCUCGGUGACCGGGAGCCAGGGCAGCGUGUUUAAGGACAGCCCUCUCAGGACCUUGAAGAGGAAAUCCAGCAGCACCAAGCGCCUCUCCCCAGCGCCCCAGCUGGGUCCCUCCUCCUCCGAUGGGCACACCUCCUAUUACAGCGAGUCCAUGGUCAGGGAGUCCUACGUCGGCAGCCCCCGGGCGGUGUCCCUGGCCCGGAGCGCCAUGCUGGACAGCCAGCUGCACGGCGACCCCUACUGGAGUGAGGACCUCCGGGAGAGGAGGAGAAGAGGCACGGGCGGCACGGAGAGCAGCAAGCUCAACGGCCUCCCGGAGAGCAAGGUGUCUGAGGACUUCCUCGGGUCCUCCUCUGGCUACUCUUCCGAAGACGACUACAUGGGAUACUCCGAGCUGGGCCAGCGGAGUUCGGGCUCGCGCCUAAGGACAGCCGUCUCUGGGGCGGGCUCGUUUUUGUGGAUGGUGGUCACUUCUCCAGGUCGGCUCUUCAGGCUCCUCUACUGGUGGAUUGGCUCCACCUGGUACCGCCUAACAACAGCCGCCUCCCUCCUGGACGUCUUUGUCUUAACCAGACGCUUCUCAUCCCUGAAGACAUUCCUGUGGUUCCUUCUGCUGCUGCUGCUGCUGACUGGCCUGACCUACGGUGCCUGGUAUUUCUACCCCUUCGGGCUGCAGACCCUCCACCCGGCCGUGCUGUCCUGGUGGGCCUCAAAGGGCAGCAGCGGGCCGCAGGGGGUGUGGGAGUCCAGAGACUCGUCCCCACAUUUCCAGGCUGAGCAGCGCAUUCUGUCCCGGGUGCACUCUCUGGAGCGGCGUCUGGAAGCUCUGGCCGCCGAGUUUUCCUCCAGCUGGCAGAAGGAGGCCAUGCGGCUGGAGCGCCUGGAGCUGCGGCAAGGGGGUGCUGGUGAGGGGGGCCGCGGCCUGGGCCAGGAGGACACCCUGGCCCUCCUGGAGGGACUGGUGAGCCGCCGCGAGGCUGCCCUGAAGGAGGACCUCCGCAGGGACACCGCCGCUCGCAUCCAGGAAGAACUGGCGGUCCUGAGAGCAGAAUUCCAACAGGACUCAGAAGACCUCUUCAAGAAGAUUGUCCAGUCCUCCCAGGAAUCUGAGGCUCGGCUCCUGCAGCUGAAGUCCGAAUGGCAAAGGAUGACCCAGGAAUUGUUCCGGGAGAACGCCAUGACGGAGCUGGGGCGGCUGGAGACUCAGCUGGCAGGCCUGCGGCAGGAGCUGGCCGCCCUGACCCUGAAGCAAAGCUCAGUGGCGGACCAGGUGGACCUGAUGCCACAGCAGAUCCAGGCCAUGCGGGACGACGUGGAGUCUCAGUUCCCUGCCUGGGUCAGCCAGUUCCUUCUCCGAGGUGGGGGAACCCGCUCUGGGCUCCUUCAGCGAGAGGAGAUAGAAGCUCAGCUGCGGGAGCUGGAGAGCAAGAUCCUUGCCCACGUGGCCGAGAUGCAGGGCAAGUCGGCGAAGGAGGCCACAGCCAGCCUUGGGCUAACGCUGCAGAAGGAGGGUGUGAUCGGGGUGACAGAGGAGCAGGUGCACCGCAUUGUAAACCAGGCCCUGAAGCGCUACAGUGAGGACCGCAUCGGGCUGGUGGACUACGCGCUGGAGUCAGGAGGCGCCAGUGUUGUCAGCACCCGAUGUUCCGAGACGUACGAGACCAAGACAGCCCUCCUCAGCCUCUUCGGCAUCCCGCUGUGGUACCACUCCCAGUCACCCCGAGUCAUCCUCCAGCCAGACGUGCAUCCAGGCAACUGCUGGGCCUUCCAGGGGCCCCAGGGCUUUGCCGUGGUUCGCCUGUCCGCCCGCAUCCGCCCCACGGCGGCCACCUUAGAGCAUGUGCCCAAGUCUUUGUCACCCAACAGCACCAUCUCCAGUGCCCCCAAGGACUUUGCCAUCUAUGGGUUUGAUGAAGACCUGCAGCAGGAGGGGACACUUCUUGGCCAGUUCACCUACGACCAGGAUGGGGAGCCCAUCCAGACGUUUUACUUUCAGGACCCGAAAAUGGCCACGUACCAGGUGGUGGAACUGAGGAUCCUGACCAACUGGGGCCAUCCAGAGUACACCUGCAUCUACCGCUUCAGGGUGCACGGGGAGCCUGCCCACUAGCCUGCUCUGUGCCACCAGCCAGCGGGGGGCCAGCCUCGCAGCAAGUGCCGCCUUCUCUCGGAGGGGCAGAAGGGCGGGCAGCACGCUGGCCCGUCCCCUGCACGCCUGCUCAGCACACUGACUUCCAGGAGCUAGAGCGAGCCGCCCACCCGACCCCAUGGACACCCCAUGCAGGGUUUCCCGAGCCCCAGGGCCUGACUGUCUUCCUUCUUGCACCAGGCACCGCCUUUACUUCCCCCUCCUGGGAGAUGUAAAUAUGUAGCAUAUCGUGCGGGCUGAGGCCAGGUGACAGUUCCAGCAAAGGCAGAGGGUGCCAACUGCCCACACCCUGGCUCGCAGGGAGCUGCUGUGGGGAGGCUUGCGGGCCAUGAGCUAGGGCACCGGGCAGGUGAGUGUCCCCAGCCCCCACAGGGAAGUGAGCCCUCCAGGAGGAGGGUGCAUGUGGGGCAGGCCGGGGCAGGCCAGGCAGGAAGUUCCGGUAGAGGGUAGGGGCUCUUCCAGAAGGCUGGUGCCCCCAACCUAGGUGAGCUUGGCCCUUGGGUUCCUGAAGGGCCUCCAUACACUGUCCUUGUCCAGGGUCAAGGUGACCUGAGAGCUUCCUGUACCGGAGAGGAUCUGGCUCCUGUGGGCCUCUGAGGGCCCCUGCCUGUGUGGCUGAGGGAUCAGGGGUGCAGCCCUGAAGGAUCCCCUUCUGCUGGAGGGCUGGGGAUAAUGUUCUCUCCUGAUGCUGGGACUGAGGCACACACUGCUCCCCAUUCCUGCUAGAACCUGCCUGUGCCCGAAGCACACGGUCACAUUCCCCUGGGUAUAGGCAGCCCACCUGCCUUCCAGGCCCUAUCACCUGGGCACAGCUCAAAGGGUGGGGACGCCUUGAGCUCUCCCACCAGUCCAGCCUGUUAUGUGUGGUGGGGGGUCUGGCUGCACUGCUGGGGCACCCCACAACCCGCCCCGUCAGGCCACUGAUGUAAGGGGGCCUAACCCUCAGCCUUUCCGCUCUCGCUUGGACUCUCUCCUUUCUGGCUCAUCUCUGGGGACAGUUGGGCAGGGGGCUGGGGGGGAGUGGGAGA